UGGCCUGGGAGGAGACACUCAUGCGCAUGCACCUCCUUGAUCUACCACUUGAAUGGCAUAGGCAAUGGCAUGUUCUAUCGUAUGCUGAACGUGGUAACAUCGGCGACAUACGAGACGAGGAGGGUGCGCAAGCAGAUCACCGUGCUCCAGGCUCUCGAUGUAGCCAAGACGCAGCUGUACCACUUCACCACCAUUGUGAUCGCCGGCAUGGGCUUCUUCACCGACGCCUACGACCUCUUCUCCAUCUCCCUCAUCACUGACCUCCUCGGAAGCAUAUACUAUUCUGACGGGAAGCUCCCAACAAAUGCCGCUGUUGCGGUCAAUGGUAUUGCUUUCGUUGGAACGGUUCUUGGGCAGAUCUUCUUUGGUUGGCUUGGUGACAGAAUGGGACGCAAGCGCAUCUACGGCAUCACGCUCAAGCUCAUGGUACUUUGCUCACUCGCCUCGGGCCUCUCCUUCAACCACAAACCAAAGGAUGUCAUAGCCACGCUGUGCUUCUUCCGUUUCUGGCUUGGCAUUGGCAUCGGUGGCGACUAUCCUCUCUCGGCAACCAUCAUGUCAGAGUAUGCAAAUAAGAAGACUCGGGGCACAUUCAUUGCGGCGGUUUUCGCCAUGCAGGGUCUAGGAAACCUUGCUGCUGGCACCGUCGUUUUGAUCAUUUCUGAAAGAUUCAAGAACUCCCCAGCCUACACGACAGACCCAUUUGGGCAGGCAGACUAUGUGUGGCGCAUUGUUCUCAUGUUUGGUGCCGUUCCAGCUCUCCUUACAUACUACUGGCGUAUGAAGAUGCCUGAGACAGCACGAUAUACUGCGCUGAUUGCGAAAAACCUAAAGCAGGCUGCAGCAGACAUGACGUCUGUCCUCGACAUCGAGAUCCCCGCAGGGAAAGAAGAGAUGGAUGCCCUUGACAGACAAGAUGAAUUUGGUCUCUUCUCUAUGGAAUUCUUUCACCGUUAUGGCCGUGAGCUGCUCGGCACUACUAUGUGUUGGUUGGUCCUUGACAUCGGCUUCUACUCGCUCAAUCUGUUCAUGAAGCAAUUCUUUGCCAGCGUCGGUUGGUUUAAAGAUGAGAGCAACAUGGGCCCACUUGAGCAAACAUAUAAAUUUGCUCGUACUCAAGCGAUCAUUACAGUCAGUGGCACUCUUCCUGGAUACUUCUUCACCGUAAUCUUCAUCGACAAACUCGGCCGCAUCAGGAUACAGCUUGUGGGAUUCACUAUGAUGACUAUAUUCAUGCUUGGCUUGGCUGGCCCAUACUAUUUUUGGUCCACAAAUGAAAGCACACGUAUUGGAUUCGCCAUUAUGUAUGCAAUCAUAUUCUUUUUCGCAAACUUCGGCCCAAACUCUACCACAUUCAUCCUUUCCAUAGAGAUAUUCCCAACAAGGUUACGGUCAACAUGCCAUGGAGUAUCUGGUGCUGUGGGGAAGAUUGGUGCAAUUAUUGGUGUGGUUUGGUUCCUCCUCUAUGGUCAUGCUGCCUAUCAGAACACACUGCUCAUGUUUGCUGGUUGUAACCUAGUUGGAGUCAUGUUCACCCUAGCUUUACCAGAGACCAAAGGCAUGUCACUCGAGGACAUCACUGGUGAAAUAGAAGAAAUGGAGGAGCAACCCAUAGGAUCACCUCCAAUCGAUGGUGCAGAGUUCAUCCACAGUGUUAUUCUUUGA